AUGCGGACCACUAAUCCGACACAGAUUGUGGGGAAUGAAUAUGUCGGAUCACAAUCAUUGCGAACAAACCCAUACGAUCCGACAUAUUCACUCCCCACAAUAUCUGUCGGGCUAGUGGUUCCAAAGCUCUCUAGUGCUGACCUGCAAGGAAUUUCCGAUUCGAUCAGCGAUGAUAUGCACGCGAGGCUAGAAAUGUUCUUUCCUGAUCUCAAUUACAAAUAUCGGGCUGACAUAAACAAUGGGAUGAAGAAACUGCAACACGUUAAGUUCUUGGCGACCACGUACUACAAACAUGGGCGAUAUAUGUUCAACGCAUAUUUGGAUGUGGUAUGCACCGCUAUGGAGAACAUAAACCGGUUGAAUCGUCCAGUUUUCCUAUAUCUAGACCCUCAGUCACUCCCAUGGUUGAUUAGUAUGCACGUCGAACUGCUAUUGAGAAAAUACGUCUCUAUCAAAUGGAAAUAUUCGUGGACGAGUAACUCUGAGGGGAACGUUGUUUGUUGUAAGCAAGUCUGGCAUCCCAAUAAGGACGAGGAAGAAUAUUCGGAUUGUGGAGAUUCUCUAAAACAAGGAGAAUUUUAUGAUCCCCGCCCAUAUGAACUUCAAGCAUAG